CGAGUGCGCUCUGCUAUGAGAGGGAGGCAGGCGUCGCAAAAGCGCGACGGCAGAAGGAAAAGGCACUGGGGAACGAGUACAAUUCAGGACGACUCACAUAUUCUUAUUGUAUGGCCCCUCUAUCAUCCAUGAUGAAUUCUUUUCAAGGGCCACUCUCCCAAGAAGGAAAACUACAGGAACGUAAAAGUGCGGACAAAGAGGAGUCUCAAAGCAACGAUAAAGCGACUGUCAAAGGAUGUAAAGGCAAGGCGCAGAGUCUCCCGUUCAGUGUGGAAUCUUUAAUAUCAGACAGAACAAGCACACGGACUUUAUACACGUCAUCUGAUUCUGGUAUUAUAUCUCCGACAUCCAGUGCAGAUGAGCGGCUGAGGCUCUCGCCCAUGGCUCUUUACGCAGACAGAAAGAUCCCAGUGGAGAGCGUCUCCAACCUAUCCGACUGCAAGAGAGGAGAUAUGGAAGAACUAAAUGACAAGGGACAGUCCGGCUGGUUUCAGACACCCUCGUACACUUCUCCGCCAAGGCACUCAAGUCCACCUCCGUGUACCCUCAGAAAACAUAAGAACAACCGAAAACCGCGGACACCGUUUACCACCUCGCAGCUGCUCGCUUUGGAGAGAAAAUUUCGUCAAAAACAGUAUCUUUCUAUUGCAGAGAGAGCGGAAUUUUCCAAUUCACUCAACCUCACAGAGACUCAAGUUAAAAUCUGGUUUCAAAACAGACGGGCGAAGGCAAAAAGGCUUCAAGAGGCCGAACUAGAGAAACUGAAACUUGCAACCAAGCCAUUAUUACCUGCGUUCGCCUUUCCGUUCCCACUCGGAACACACGUUGGUUCUCCACCCCUCUACGGACCGUCCAGUUCCUUUGCUAGACCUGCGUUACCAGUCCCGGGACUUUUCGGUGGGCCAGUGACCUACGGAAUGUACUAUUUGUCUUAACCGACUGAAGAACGUCCUUCAGUUCACCGUCUGCUGCGGUUCUGUUAGUCAAAUGACGAGUGAAAUAGCAAAUGUUUUCUUUAAAGAACUUCAGCAAAUAUACCAAUUUAAAAGAAUUUAUUCUUGUGAACUACAGUUUAUUCCAAAAGUGAGAGUCCCCAAAUUGGCUUUAAAAGUGCAAUGAAUCUUCUUCCCCUGAAUACAGAAGACUUUAUCUUGUAUUGUAAACAAGCAGACAUAACACAGUGUGGCUGAUUGUAGUCUCAGAGGAAACGAUUUCCAAGAGAUUAUUUCUUCUGAGGGCACAGCCGAUUUGGCAAGUGCCACUUGUUGAUCAGCAUCCCUUGUUGAUGGGUGAUGCGCGAGAAAACACU